GUCGAACACCUAGAAUGUGCUGACAUGUUGCCCCCAGUAAUUCUGCGUUGCCGCAGUCUUAAAAGAACGUAUUCAAUCUACCUCUUAUUCAUAUCUAUGACACAGGAGCGAGGAACCAUAGAUAUUAUCGUCAAUGCUCGACGGUAGGAACCCUGAAAAAUAAGAUCAACACAGGAUAUAUUACUUUUACCCAUCGUCGAUACUCGAUUUUAACAAAAACAUAACCAUAAAAACAUGGCUACGCAUUGUAGCAACCACAUCCGCGUACGUUUGCACUUUGACUAUCCGCCACCGGCAGUUGUGGAUUGUCGCAUGUGUUGGCUGCUUGUGGAUUUAAAUACAUGUCGCAUUGUGUCCGACCUGGAGAGCACCAUUAGAGAGAAAUUCGAGUUCAGCCGUCGGAGCAUAAUCAGCCUCUUCAUAGAGGAUUGCUAUCUGUUACACACGGAAAGCAUUUAUGUUGUACGGGAUAAUGACUGCCUCAGAGUGAAGGUGGACUUUGUCUCUCACCUUAAUGGGGACAGCUGCCCCCCAAAUAAACCAAGUGAAAACUGCAAAAAGAGACAGAGACGCAACAAGCCCGAAAAUAGCGAUGAAAAUUCAACAUGUGUGGAACAAAUGGAAACAAAGCGGAAGAAAAAGGAGAUUCUGCAAUUCGAUGCUCCUAAGACACCUGGUGUGGAGACGAACAAUCUAAAAAAUAUACUAUCAAAGAAGAAAAAGCAGAAGGAAAAGGGAAAUGGUUUGACACCUUCCUACAAACCAACAUUUUCUACCCUCCAAGACCAAACAGACCACCCAAGGUCCAAGAUUCAGGAUAUACACCAAACAAAAUCGCAGAAUACCACUACUUCAGAUUACUGUCGUGUGCAGGAUGAAGUCCCCAACAAAACAGGAACCAAAACAGACUCUUCUAAGCCUGCAAAAGUGCCUCAUCCUUCCAAAGAACCUCCAAGAACCAGUCCUGCCAAGAUUUGUUCCUCACCCUCCUCCUCAAAUAAAGGUUCCUCAAAUGUGAACACCGCAGUGGAUCCCUGGCCUAAAAAUAAUGACGUACCCGAUGUUAAAUUACGUUUGAAUCACAAGUCAUGUUCUAAACUAUCAAACUAUGCACAGAAAAAACAUUCAAGUGUGUCAGUAUUCCCAUUGGACCAAAUCAAAAUGUCUCAGGAGUCUUGUGACAUAUACAGCGGGGACAAGGCUGGUGUGGUUAACCUGCAGCCAACGCAUGAAGAACUCAAUAAUGGUGCUCAAAAUGCUCCACAAGAUUACACUGAUAUGCCCCUUCUAGCUGCCCCUCCACAAGUGGGACAGAAGAUUGCAUUUAAGUCAGAGGUCGGCAACCUUAUAUACUGGAGCCAUUUGGAACGCCUCCAACAGGGGGUGGGCUAUUCCAGCCACAAAGCCCUUUUAAUAUCUAAAUUGCUGGAACUGACUGAGAAUUAUACACCAGAGGUGUCAGAAUACAAGGAGGGUAUGAUUGUGAGCUUUGAUCCAGUAACGAGACAGAUUGAGCUGCAAUUGCUUUCUGCUUCACAAGCCCUUUGUGAGCCUGGCAAGUUUGACCUGGUUUAUAAGAACCCAGACGGAACAGAGAUUGUGGAGUAUGCUGUGUCCCGAGGAUGCUCGGUAACAGAGCAGUGGGACUCUCUACUGGAACCAAGGCUUAUUAUUUAAAUCAGUGCACAAUUGUACACUCACUCUAUUUUAUCAAACAUAUUCAGUUUCACUGCAGUUAUGUGAAAGUAUUUUGUCAUUUUAUGUACGCUCCUGAUCUUUAGGGUAGAGUAACAAAUCCACUUUUAAUUUUUAACUGUGCUUGUCACAAUGUGGAUCAGACUCCAUAUAUUGCUUUUCACUUCCCUAUGAAGGUUUCCAGAUCUAGGACUCUUGUGUUAUGUGAGAUUCCCCCACCCCAUUCCCUGAAUAAAACAGCAGUCAUUUUUUGUCUUC